AUGGACACAAAUAUCACAUUUUAUUGCGAAACGGCCGCCCAUUUGGCCUUUUUCACCGUUUACUCCAUUCAGAAUGCGAUGAUUGUCAUCAUCGCCAUCGUUUUCGUCUCGAUUUUUUCCCAAGAGGACACC